AUGCGCUUCUGCGUUCACCUGACCACAAUCAUCUUUCCCAGAAGCCAAUGCUUGAUAGACGCCCGCCUCACUUCCUGUUCCUUCCUCUUCGUGACAACGGGCAGUCUCCAGGGAAGGUCGAACCAUGGGUGCUGCACCAUCCACGCCUGCAACACCUGCAACGACUACAGUUCCAACGUCUCCAGUAGACAAACGCAGCAGUCUAACAACUUGGGGGCUACAGACUCGGACACCAGUGGAAGCGCCUGCAAAGGAUGGUUCCGAGGUGCCCAACACCUUCAGACCUCGUUAUCGUACGUCAAAGGGAUUGACUCCAGGACGUUCUUCACUCUCAUCCGUGUUCAUACAGUUUACUAUCGCCUUUACCAAGCAGACGGCGCAGUUGAAUCAAGAAGCCCCGCCCACUUCAAUGACCGUUUCCUUGGCCGUAUCUUAUCCAAAGCCGUCACACCUCCCCAUACCGCUGCGUCUCUCAAGAAUUACAUAUGCAAGAUUGAAGGAUUUUCGGGAGCGAACAUAUACUCAUCGCUUACAAGCCCAACCGCCCUGAAUGAUGGCGCUCGCAUUGCUAUCAUGAGCUAUUCCGGACCAGGUUCGUACGAGAAAGAGCCCAUGUUUUUACUUGUCAAGAGUGCCGAGAGACGGACAUCCAGUGGCUUUCCGCCACCUUCGGUGACCCUCGAGAAUCCGGCCAAUUCGCAGUACAUCCACUAUCGUUUCUAUAAUCAAGACGGCGAGACUCCUUCGAAAGCAUGCUUUCACGAAGAAGAUACAGCUUUAGGGCGCAUCCUUGCACUGUCCAUUGCGCCCCCUUUCAACGCUGCCUCAUUGAGACGCCGGCUUGUUAGAGCAGAAGGCAUCAAUAACAACAGCAAGUCAUUGCAGCUGUUCGAGAAUAUAAGCAGUGACGAGCCCAUGAACGAUGGCGACGAUAUACCUUUACUCACCGAUCGGUAUCCAGGAUACACCGUGGAUGAACCGAUGGCCUUCAUUAUUCGCGAUUCAAGUUCCCUGAUUCCCGAGUCCCCAGAAGUACCGACUGACCAGUAUCCGGGGUACACAGCGGACGAUGCAGAACCGAUGGAGCCACCAAAAGUACUAACUCGUUUCUUGUUUAGGUUUAAAGCUGUUUCAUCAUUUGAAUCUCCUCAAGAUCAUCCCACUUGGUUAAGGGUUGUCAAGGGCGAAAUUUUGACCUCGGACGGCGUCGAGAUAAAGAUGGUCGAUUUUAGAAAGAGUAAGCCGUCGCACAACGUUAAACUGGUGAAGAGGGAUUCGUGUUGCACUGUAAUUUAG